UCUCUAUCUUAGUCAUCUUGCACACAUUUCUCCUCAACUAAAACCCAUUGACAUCACCAUUUCACCCAAACCUUGAAAGUUCAGUUUCUCUCGUUGAAUCUGAAACCUUCCUUUGUCAAAAAACGGUGUUUUGAAUGAUGAAGAAGUUCGUCAAUUUUCUUCCAGAGGAGAUCAUUUUCGACAUCUUAACCCGUUUACCUACUGAAUCAGUACUAGAAUGCAAAUUGGUCUGCCAAACAUGGAGGAGUCUCAUUGAUCGUCCAUCAUUCCCCCAAAAGCACUUGACUCAUCUCAAUCAUCCUUGUAAAAGUAAGUUGAGCUAUAUUUACUUAAAUAUGUGGAAUCACGGGAACAAGCACCUUUACUCUUUCAAUUAUACUGAUGAUUGGAUUCGUCCUAAGGAGAAACCCAUUGAUAACAACCUUUAUUAUUUCGAAUAUGAUGAAAAUUGGAUUCAAAAUGAGGAGAAACCUAUUGAUAGAAUGACAAUGUUUUGCUUAAACCCUAUGUUUGAUUCGUUUAUCGUCCUUGGUUCAUUUAAUGGGGUGGUCUGUAUUCAUGAAUGCCGAAAUGAUCAACCUGAUGGUAUUGCUUGUAUUUUUAACCCCAUCACUCAAGAAUAUUGUUUUCUUCCUGAUAAGAAUCAUUGGUGUCUCUAUUUGUCUGUCGGCUUUGGUUACCUACCUUCUACAGAUGAAUACAAAAUUGUCAGUAUUUACGGAUGUGAUCUUAAUUUUGUUCUGGUGGAGGUAUACACUGUUGGCAGUGGUAAUGGAUGGAGGUUCAUUGGAAAGUUUAAUUUCUCAUUAUACUCACGUUUUGGUGAAGUUGGUGUGUUUGCGAAUGGAGCUCUUUACUGGAGGGAUAGGGGAAAGAUUGUGGUUUUUGAUUUGGCCAAUGAAAAAUUUCUUGAAAAUCUUUCGCCACCUCCAAUGCUACUAGAAAAUGACUGUGAUGAUAAAACUGUGAUAGGGGUUUCUAGGGGGAUUUUAUUUUAUGCUGUUAAUCAAACCACUGAAGAAGGUGAAGAAUUAUUCGACGUAUGGCUAUUAAAUAAGAAACAGCAGGGGGAACGACUCUCAUUGGGUUGGAGUAAAGAAUUCAGUCUUUCCCAGAGAGAACCAUUCACCUUUACAAAGUACGGCUAUGCUUUAUAUUAUGAUCAAGGCCGUCUCAGAUAUGAUCCAAUAGAUUUAGCCUCACACAGGUUUAUGGGUUUUACUGUCAUAUAUCCUCAAGUAUUUCCCCACAAACACACCUUAGUUUCAUUGGAACAAUUAGGAGAAGAAGAUACACAUAUUAGGAGGUCACGAGAAAGUGAGGCGGAGUCAGAUCAUAGCAGUGAUUGGUGAGCGAAGCAACUAUUGGAAGAUGAGAUCCUUGGAUUCAAGCUUAUAAACAGAUCGGAUUGGUUCAGUUCAUGAAACAUAUUUUGAGGCAUACUCAAGGUUCGGCUGAUAACCUAUGUUUUUGCCUAGGUUCGGCUGAUAACUUUUCAGCCGAACUUAGACAGAUGUAUGCCUCAAAACAUUUGAGUAUGCCUCAAAACAGGUUUCGGUUCAUAACGGUGGAAUGUAGUGAGCAGUGUCCAUUAGACCAGCUAUAUUAGUGAGGCCCAAAGCAGCAGAAACUCUUUAUUACCCUUAUCAAUAGCAGCUAGAGCUAGGCUCCACCUCCACAGCAACAGCAGAGAGAGGCUUGGCUCCACCUAGACAUAAGUGUGUCUCCUUCGCAUGGACUGUGUGUCUAUGUUUAUUAAUGUAUGGUACUCAAAAUGGUGCCAUAAUCAUAAAUAUUUUUUGUUUCUCAUUUCCGGUUUGAUAAUGAUCUAGAGAAUAAAUUGACGAUGUUUAGUCA